CCCGACCCAGACAUGAAAAAAAAUACAGUCCCAUGUUACAAGGAAAACAAUUAACGUUAACGCUGUGUAGACAGUGGCAGUAUUUAUAUUUCCUGUUAAAACUUCAGGUUCUUCGGUGAAAUGAACAGCUUAAAGUUUACACUGGCGUCUUCCUUCAACAUUAUAAACGCUUUGAGAAGUCAUACUUAUCCCAAGAGAACUAUCUUCGCGCAAUUCCAUUUCAAACUUUUGAAGGGCAGGUGCGUCCUUCCUUGUCGACAGUCUAGUUCCACAGCUUCUGGAGCUGAGAAAGGCGAGGACACUGUCCUCAAAUGGAUCCUGUUGCUUAUUCCAGUCUCAACAUUUGGUCUUGGAACAUGGCAGGUGAAGCGCCGGCACUGGAAAUUGCAGCUGAUUGCAGACCUGAAAAGUCUUACCACUGCUGAGCCCAUUAACCUACCUGUAGAGCCCAUUGAGCUGAACAGUCUGGAGUACAGGCGUGUGAAAGUGCGGGGGCACUAUGACCACUCUCAGGAGCUGUACAUUUUGCCACGCUCUCUCGUGGACCCGGAACGUGAGGCCAGAGAAGCGGGACGUUUGUCAUCCAGUGGUCAAUCGGGAGCCAAUGUCAUUACUCCUUUCUACUGCACAGACCUUGGGAUUUCAAUCCUUGUAAACAGAGGUUAUGUGCCUAGGAAUAAGAUAAGGCCAGAAACAAGGAUGAAAGGACAGGUGUCUGAUGAGAUCGAUGUGGUUGGGGUAGUGAGACUAACCGAACAACGCAAACCCUUUGUUCCCCACAAUAAUGUGGAGGGAAAUCGCUGGCACUACAGGGACCUGGAGGCCAUGGCCAGGGUCACUGGCACUGAGCCCAUCUUCAUCGAUGCUGUCCUUGAGAGCACCAAUCCAGGGGGGCCCGUUGGUGGACAGACUCGGGUCACGCUGAGGAACGAACACAUGCAGUACAUUGCCACAUGGUACGGCCUCUGCUUGACUACAUCCUACAUGUGGUAUGCAAAGUUCAUCAAAGGUCUGCGCUUGUAACUGGCAGCAAGGGACUGAAGAAAUCCGGUGUGAAAUGUUUUUGGUAUUUAAUGUGCCGCUGUAUGGAAAUGGAUCAUAGUAAAUGUUGUAGGCCAUGAAUACAACAGAUCAAAAUCAAAUUUCAAUCAUCUGGAGCAAAAUAAAACAUGCAUUAAAUUCAG